UGUUGUUCGGCUUUCCAAGCUUUCGUAACCUAUCGUCGUUUCGAAUAGCUUCUUCCUCAAAACACCGAAUAAUUCUACCAUUUUUCAUCACAUCACAAGGCACGGCGUAUGCAACCGUCGCCAAUUUCAUACUCCGACGCAAUCUCAUCUAUUUAUUUACACCGAUAGUCACUGACCUCUCACGAUACUAUCGUUAAACCCUUCGUCGCGUAACCGUUCCCUUGGUUGGUCACCUCCGUCAAAAGGCGCAUCGAUUUGUUCUAUUUCAAAAUGCCUGGUCUAGUUACUGCUACAGGUGUACUAGCCUUUUUGGCCGACGAGGAGCCUGAGCUCAAGGUCUUCGCACUACAGACCCUCAACGAUGAUAUUGACACCGUUUGGUUCGAAGUCGCUAGCGCUCUAGGUCAGAUUGAGGCCCUCUACGAAGACGAGUCUUUCCCUGAGCGAAAGCUGGCUGCACUUGUCCUGGCCAAAGUUUACUAUCAUCUCCAGGCCUAUGAUGAGAGUAUGUACUUUGCCCUAGCUGCGGGCGAGCUCUUCAAGUUAGACAACCCUGGCGAGUUUGAGGAGACUAUCAUCUCCAAAUGCGUCGACCAUUACAUUGCUGCCAAGAACGAGAACCACAUUGUCGUCAGCAAGAAGGACAAAGAUGCCUCUCUGCCCGCUCUUGCUACCGCAUUUUCCAGUACUACUAUCGACGGCAAUGCUUCCGCCUUGAUCUCCCCUACGACGCCCUUCUCUCAGUCCACUCUCCCUUCCAAGUCUCUUCUCUCUCGAGCUUCCACCGACAACACCAUUCUCGAGCCCUCCUUUGAGCCGCAGAAGAAGCAACAUCGAUCGUCCUCUGUCGCUUUAACUAAUAAUGAACUUGACACCCGACGCGCGAUCGAUCACGUUAUUGAACGCCUUUUCGAGAGUUGUCUGAAAGAGAGGCGUUAUCAGCAGGUCGUAGGUAUCGCCGUCGAAGCGAAGCGGCUUGACGUUGUUAGCAAAGUUAUCCAACGCGCGGAUGAUGACUACAAGCGCAAUAAAGGCAAGUCGACCCAAGAAGAUGCCAUGGGCCUCGCCGAAGAACUCCUGGAUUACUGUUUAGGCAUUUGCAUGGAUGUCGUACAGGAACGAGCUUUCCGAGAUGACAUCCUGCAACUCAUCCUAGACAUUCUCACCAGCGGUCGUGCUAAAGAUCCCGACUACUUCUCCAUCGCUAAAUGCAUCGUCUAUCUAAAUAAAGACGAACAAGCGCGUACUGUCAUCCAACACCUCGUCAAGGCCGAGACUAUAGAAGCCACUGCAAUAGCCUACCAAUUUGCCUUCGACCUCUACGACAACGGCACGCAAGGCUUCCUAGGCAAGGUCAUAUCAGGUUUGCCGAAGGGUGAAUCCGCCCCGAAGAAAGAUGACGAGACCACUGGCGAAACUGAGAGCGACCCCCUUUUGAGCAAUGAUGCCAACGCCGGUGAUGCUGAAUCUGGAGAAGUUGAUGAAAAGAAAACCGCAAUCUACGGGAACAUCCGCUCUAUUCUCGACGGUACUAAGACUAUCAAGCUCAACCUUGAAUUCCUUUACCGCAACAACCACUACGAUCCUUACAUCCUAGCCAAGGUUCGGGAUAGUUUGGAAGGCCGGAACUCCAUCUUCCAUACCGCCGUUACCUUUUGCAAUGCGUUCAUGAACCAGGGUACGACAAAUGACAAAUUCUUUAGGGAUAAUUUGGAAUGGUUAGGCAAAGCGGUAAAUUGGUCCAAGUUCACUGCUACUGCAGCCUUGGGCGUAAUUCACCGUGGAAAUAUUUCCCAAUCUAAGAAGCUCCUGGAGCCUUAUCUUCCCCGGGGCGCUGGUGGUAUCAGCGGCGGUUCCCCAUACUCUCAGGGUGGCGCUCUCUACGCAUACGGUCUCAUUCACGCGAACCACGGCGCAGAUGCCCUAGAUUACCUCAAGACUCAGUUCACUGCUGCUGAAGAGGAGGUCAUCCAGCAUGGCGGUGCUCUAGGUCUCGGUCUUGCUGGUAUGGCAAGUGGAAACGAAGAGAUCUUUGAGAAUCUCAAGGCUGUUCUCUACGCCGAUUCCGCUCUCAACGGUGAGGCCGUUGGCCUUUCCAUGGGCUUGAUCAUGCUGGGCACCGGUAACGUCAAGGCUCUGGAAGACAUGGUUGCUUACGCACAUGAGACGUCUCACGAGAAGAGUGUGCGAGGCUUGGCCUUGGGUAUGUCCUUAAUCAUGUAUGGCCAACAAGAAGGUGCAGAUGUCAUGAUUGAGGGUCUCCUAAAUGACCCGGAUCCAACAUUGCGAUACGGCGGUAUCAUGACUGUCGCAAUGGCCUAUUGUGGCACCGGCAGCAACAAAGCGAUUCGAAAGCUACUGCAUGUCGCCGUCAGCGACGUGAAUGAUGAUGUACGGCGAAUCGCAGUCAUGAGCUUGGGUUUCAUCCUAUUCCGCAAGCCCGGCAGCGUCCCUCGUAUGGUUGAGCUCCUUUCUGAGUCAUACAACCCUCAUGUUCGUUACGGUUCUGCCAUGGCGCUCGGUAUUUCUUGCGCCGGAACCGGAUUAGAUGAAGCUAUUGACCUGCUGGAGCCUAUGAUGAAGGAUCCUACCGAUUUUGUCCGACAAGGUGCAUUGAUCGCCUUAGCUAUGAUUAUGAUCCAACAGAAUGAGGUGAUGAACCCCAAGGUCGCGGCAAUUCGCAAGACGUUAAAGAAAGUAGUCGGUGACCGCCACGAAGAUGCUAUGACCAAAUUCGGUGCGGCUCUUGCCCUUGGCAUUAUCGACGCCGGUGGACGUAACUGCACGAUCGGUCUGCAAACUCAAACCGGCAAUCUCAACAUGGCUGGCGUCGUAGGAAUGGCUGUCUUCACCCAGUACUGGUACUGGUUCCCCUUUACCCACUUCUUAUCUCUAGCUUUCAGCCCGACUUCGAUUAUUGCCCUUGACCACGAUCUGGAUAUUAUCGAUGUCAAAUUCCACUGCGCCACGAAGCCGAGUCUCUUCGAUUAUCCUCCUGAGCAGGAGGUUAAGGCCGAAGAAGGACCGACUAUGAUCGCUACUGCUAUUCUCUCAACCACCGCCCAGGCCAAACGACGAGCCCAGAAGAAAGAAAAGGCACAGCGACGGGAGAGUAUGGAUAUCGAUUCCACCACUACUCCGACCAUUUCCAAGCCGAGUGCUAGUAGUGAAAAGAUGGACGUCGACGCAAAAAGUAAGCCGAGUGAGGAUACAAAAGACAAGAAAGAAGGUGAAACUCCUGCACCAGGCGAUAAGGAAAGCUCGACACCCCCGACGGAUGUAAAGAAGAAGGUAGAGAAGGAGAAGGCUGGCUAUGAUAUCGAGAACAUGAGCCGAGUCCUUCCCGCACAGCUCAAGUACAUUAGCCUUGCCAAGGGCCGUUACUGGCCUGUCAAGCUGGUGAGAGCUGGUCCAUUGCCAACCGGUGGCCCCAUCCUACUCCACGACAUGCAGCCUGAAAAGGAGAAGUCGCUUAUCAGCGAGAAGUUAAAGGCAACGACCACAGAAAUGGCGCCUGUCGCCGGUGCCGGUAGUGGCCAGAACCGCAACCCGCGAACAAUUGAGGAAGCUCUUCUUAGCCGGCUCGGUCGGGACCCUCUCGCUACUCCGAACCGGAACACGAGCGGUGCCGCGGCGGCAGCCGGAGUACUAACUGCCGUCGAUGAGGAUGCCGAAGGAGACGAAGAAGCAGAAGCGCCUCAUGAUUUCGAAUACUACACAGAUGAAGAGGCAGACUAAUCAGUCUCUGAACAGGUCGAUGACGUGUACUUGUACCUCACUUGUAACAUAAACAGCCCUCGACACGGGUGAUAAUAGCAAAUUAGAAAGCCCUCGAGGCCUAGACCA